AUGUUGAAUGCUGGUGGAGCCUUUUCCGGUUUCUGGGAGUGGUGCGCGCAAAAUGGGAUCGUAAGCAAGAAAUUGUUCAUUCGGCAAAGCAUGCAAGGUUUGAUGCCGUUACUUUCUCUUCAUGCAGAUCAGCCAAUUGGCGCUGGAGAUGUGGUGCUUUCCGUCCCGUACCUGUCAACGCUUAAUGCACAGACGGUGAGGGGUGACUUACGACCUGUGGCAGUGCCAUCUAUUCGCGUAAUGUGUAGGUUCCUGCAGCGUCGUGGUGUUGACAUAUCCACUGCACGGGCUUUGUGGUUGGCGAGCUGCUUGGCGUGUGCUACUCGGCUCGUGGCUCAGGGCCACGAGGUUGGAUUUGCCCCACUUCUCUCCUCCUCGUUGUUGCCAAAGCUGCCUUCCCCGUUUGUUGAGGCGUAUGUUGGUGGUUAUCCCGCCAUUUCGGAUGCGUUAGCGGGUGUGGCGGAUGAGCCGGUACGGCGGGCGUAUCUGAAGGAUUUCGAAACGCAGGUGAGAUCUCAGCUGCGCGCGACACAUGCGAUACUUCGGUUUAAUCAGCGCCGACAUCCCUCCCGCAUUCCAUUAACACUGUUGCCCACUGUUGACGAAUUAUGCGCGGCGUAUCGUACAGUUCUCCAACGCAGUGUCAUGUUACCUGUUGACUGUGUGCCAUCCUCUCCUGGAGAUUUGGCUGACCUGUUGGAGGAAAAACAAGGUAUCGAUGUUCUCCCCUCACUAGUGCCGGGUAUUGACAUUAUUCGGAGCCCCACUGGUUAUCCACCAGUUACGAGUGUGGCUGGAAAUUCUUCAGGCACACCCAUCGCGGGCGAUGAAUCUAACGCGGCUAACUGUUCAUUGCACACUUGUGUACAGUCUGACUUCAUUUCACCGGGAACGCGGCGACGCGUGUUGCUCGAAACAGAGCCGUUGUCAAAUCGACGCGUUGUGGUUUGCUCCACAAAGGAGAUAAAGGUUGGUGAGGAGCUGUUUCUCAGCUACGGUUCUUGA